AUGCUCAGUCUGAACCCAAUAAUACAUCCAAGCUACCGGAACCACCGGUUCAAAUUUGAAACAUUUUUACGAAACGAAUACAAUUUUGGUCUUGAUCCCGACAGACCAGUAUGCCCAUUAUACAACCCCCACAACCCACAAUCAUCAUGCCCAUUGGGGUCCAAUUGCCCCAACAAACACGUUUCACAAAUGUACUCAAACAAAGUCGUAUGCAAGCAUUGGCUACGUGGCUUGUGUAAGAAAGGUGAUCAUUGUGAAUUUUUGCAUGAGUACAAUCUACGCAAAAUGCCAGAAUGCUUAUUUUACUCCAAGAAUGGAUAUUGUACUCAAGGUAGUGAAUGUUUGUACCAACAUAUUGAUCCACAACUGAAAAUUCCUGAAUGUAUGAAUUAUAAUGCUGGGUUUUGUGCCGAGGGUCCUAAUUGUAAGAGUCGACAUGUGAGGAGAACAAUUUGUCCGUAUUAUAUGGCCGGAUUUUGCCCUCAAGGGCCUGAGUGUGAGCAUACGCAUCCUAAAUUUGAUUAUCACAAUUUGUACUUGAGGAUAAAACCAGAUCCAAUAAGAGCAACACAGGCAGAGCUGAGUGGUGAAGAAGAGAAGGAUGGCGUAAUGGUAUCGCAAAUCGAAGGUAAUGCCAGUGAAUCGAAUGCAAUAUCUGUAUAG